AUGCCUACAAAAUCUAAAAAGCCGUACGCGCUUACGCUCCGUCUUCUCUCCAGUUUUGACGAUAUUUUAACAGACGUUCUCGUUGAUAAACUUUAUUAUUGGACAACUAUUCGGAAGGUUCACCCUAGGUACCAGUCGAAUCGAACUAUUAAGGACAAAUUGGUUGGGGAUAUCAUUCGCACCAAUGUUUGCGUCGGGCGAAACGUUCAGGCGGCAACGGAUAGGCUGCUUCAGAUCGAUGGCAUUCAAAAAUUCUGUCAGAAGCUCCGACCCGAGGAAAAGGCAGACUUCAUAAAGCACGUAAAGCGAUAUGUGGAGAUAUACCACCCGGACGCGACAUAUGAGGUCACCACCACCAAUCGGUAUACGCUGAAGACCCAUGAGGCUAGUGUCCUCGCUCGGGUCCCCAUUCCGAAGGGGGAUACCAUCAGAUACCUCUCCGGCGUCAUGGUCACGAUGACCAAGGAAGAAGAAGCCGAAUUCAACGAAGCCUCGAAUCGGGAUUUCUCGAUCAUUCAUAGUUCACGAAAGGCCGGGGCCCAGAUAUUCCUGGGUCCCGCCCGAUUCGUGAACCAUGAUUGUUCGCCAAAUUGCCGAUUCCAGAGUGCCAGCAAGAGCACGGUAAUGUUCAAGGCCCUCCGGGAUAUUGAGCCCGGUGAGGAGCUGACGGUCUACUAUUCCGACGACUACUUCGGCUACAAGAAUGCCGAGUGUCUGUGCCAUACCUGUGAGAGGGAGAUGAGGGGUGGGUGGGCGAAGAGUGUGGGGUAUAUGGCCAACAUUACCCCUAGUAAGCGAGCAUACGAGGAGGCCAAGGACGAGGAUGACUAUGCUGGCCGCGCGAAGAAGCGGGCCAGAAAGUCCCUACCAACCCCAGCCCUUAGCACGGGCGAUGACGCCUCACCAAAAGCAAGCUCGCCGCCGGCGCCAAAUUUCCUGGCCACGGUUACCACGGAGGUGACACCAGCUGUCACUCCGUUGGAACCAGCCGAUACCCCACAGCCCAUAGCCGGGAUCGUGUUGGUUGUCCCACCAUUGGAAACAAGCAAGACUGACCCAAUGGGGGUCAGUCUGCUUACCCCAGUCUCCGUUGAGACUACCCCGGACCUCACAACCGCCCUCGCCGAGGAUGUUCAGCUGACAGCUUCUGCCAAUGAUGACGGUUACGAGAGCGAUCUCACCGUCUACUCCGAUACAGACAUGGAGAUCCUCAAUGGGAAAUACAAGUGGUUUGCGGCCAUCGAAAUUCCGCCGAAGCCCAUCAAUCCCGACCCCCUCUCUCUUCCGCAGGUCCCCGAAGGGAUUCGCUGGCCAAAUGAUCAUCUCGUCGAGCACACCUUCAUUGACCCGAAGAUGGAAAUGCGAUGCAUUUGCCAAAAUCCCAAUUGCAAUGUCCCGUUCAUCUACAAAAACGAAGACGAUUUUCGGUUUCUUAACCAUAUUCCGCGAUGUUGUCCUCGUUGCGAACGGCACUCCAAAAUUUACGGAUUGGUCUGGCCGAAGACCAUCCUCAAAUCCGACGACUCCGAGGUUCGAGUCAUGAAUCCGGAAGAUGUGGAAAGGUCGGUAAAUUUGGCACAGCACAAGAAGGAUCUGAGGAUGAUUGAGGAGUGGAGAGUCGAGAAUAUACUGAAGGAGGUGUUUAAGAAGAAUUUACGAAGGGAGAACCGGAAGUUGGAGAAGAGGAGAAAGAAGGAGCGGAAGGCAAGGGGCUCCCCAGCUGUUGAAGCUUAG